AUGGACAUGAAGCAGGCUGCAUUAAAGCCAGCUAGGAGCUUGCUUUGUAGAGAGUCCCUGAAUGGGCAUUUAUCACUGAAUGUGCCCAUUUUACCUCACUCUGGAGAGAAGCCAGAUGAGUGUUUGGGAUUUGAUGACAAACUGAGUGAAUGUAAUGAACAAGAAAAACCUUACAGUGAUCCCCAGUCCUUUCAGAAGCAUGCAAGUACAAAACCUGGAGAGAAACCCUAUCAAUACGAGGAACAUGAGAAAUCCCACACUGAACCUAGUGAAAGAUCUCACCCUAAAGAGAAUACCAUUUCAGGUCAGAAAAGUGUGAAAACUUCCAGCACCUCCAGUGGUGUUCAAAUCCAGGAAAAAAUUCACAGUGGGAAGAAACAAUAUGUAUGCAAAAAAUGUGGGAAGACCUUCAAUACUGAAAGUUGUUUUAAAAUUCAGGAAAGUUUUCACAUGGAAGUGCAACCUUAUGCUUGUAAGCAAUGUGGAAAAAUAUUUGCUGAUAAAUCUGCAUUUCAGAGACAUAGACAUAAACAAUCCCACGCUGGUGAGAAACCCUAUGCAUGUAAACAAUGUAGCAAAGCUUUCAGCAGAUGCAAUAACUGUAAAAUACAUGAAAGAAGUCACAAUGGUGAGAAACCCUAUGUUUGUAAGCACUGUGGAAAAGCAUUCAGUGUACACAGUACCUGUCAACGUCAUGAAAGAAAUCACACUGCAGAGAAACCCUUUAAGUGUAAGCAAUGUGGGAAAACAUUAGCACACACAGCUACGGCCAUCCAUGAAAGAAUUCACACUGGGGAGAAACCCUAUGCAUGUAAGCAAUGUGGGAAAGCAUUCAGCAGGCAGAGUAAUUGUAAAAUACAUGAAAGAAUUCAUACUAGGGAGAAACCCUAUGUAUGUAAGCAGUGUGGAAAAGCGUUCAGGAUAUAUAGUGGUUAUCGACUCCAUGAAAGAAUUCACACAGGAGAAAAACCCUAUAUUUGUAAGCACUGUGGGAAAUCAUUCAGCCAAUACACUAGCUGUCAAGGCCAUGAAAGUACUCACACUGGGGAGAAACCUUAUGUAUGUAAGCAAUGUGGGAAAGCAUUCACUACACACCGUUAUUGUCAAAUACAUGAAAGAAAUCACAGUGGGGAGAAACCUUAUGUGUGCAAGCAAUGUGGAAAAGCGUUUACUACAAAGGGCUAUUAUACUGUACAUGAAAAACUUCACACGGGGAAAAAACCUUAUGUGUGCAAGCAAUGUGGGAAGGCGUUUACAACACAUAAAUAUUGUAAAAAACAUGAAAAGAUUCACAAUGUGGAAAAACCUUAUCUGUGCAAGCAAUGUGGAAAGGCCUUCACUAUGCUUCAAUAUUGUCAAAGACAUGAAAAAACACACAGGCAUGAACCCCUAUGCACAGAAGCCACGAGGAGAAAAAAUAUCUAA